AUGUUACCAACACAAGCAACAUAUAGCGCCCCGAAUUCUACCCAAAAGAAGUCCGCCGAUAUCAAAUGCGUCCAAACCACCAAAGGAUGGGUCUGCGCUCUUUGCUUUCCUCUCGGACAUCCUAGUCGUGCUCUUGAGCGUGUUAUGAACCUUGCUGAGCUCAGAACUCAUGCUGCUGGAAAUCAUUAUGCUUCUCUCGGUCAAGAUGAAUGGGAUAACUAUGGUAAGUCAAAUCAUUUGCUAAUAUCACAACUCUUGAUAACCAGCACUACAGUCAAGAAUUCUGUUUACUUCGAGGCACAAUUCAGAAACCAAAGCAGUCUUGGUUUUAACAAUGGUGUCAUGCAUGGUCCCCCUACCAUUGCUUCGCAAAAGACGCCUACCAACAAGGCCGGUGUUCUCAAGCGUACAUAUGUUCAGAAGGCUGAGUCUAUCGCCCCCGAGUCUGCAUUUGAUCUUAUGGAAACCAUGAUCAAUUUCAAUCCCAUUGCCAACGAUGAUGCCGCUAACUUGUCAUCGCCAACUACUCCAGUAUCCAAAACUGGUCCUUCUGGCGAUUCAUACGCACAUCUUCAAUUCAAUAUGGCUCCACAAGAUGAGUCUGAAAUUAUCACAUCACCAGAUACACCAUCUCGCAAGAAGAGUGUCACCCCCAAGAACCCCCUUCGUCAAAGAUUGAGUGAAAACCCUUCAUUUGAAUCUGCAGUCUCUGUUCACGGCCUCGCUAAAGUUCAAGCUGCUGGUAACAUUGGCCUUCAACGAUGUCUCGAUCGACAAGCUCGUGGUCUUCCUCGCACAUCCAAUGUCCCUCUCCAAUUCGCUGCGACUCCUCGCAACGGUACCAUGGAUCUUCCUCUUACUGCUGCAAACUAUGCUGCUGCUGGUAUGCCGAAUAUCCAGAUUGAGAAGCCUACUAGACGUACCAAGAAGAUUGAUCGCCGUCGUCAACGAUCAAGUUCUCUCAAUAUUGCUGAUGCUGCUGGUAUUGACACCUUUCAGUUGACUAACACUGCUACGACCAACACCUCGCUCAAUAUCUUUGGAGUUCCGGCUACUAUCUAUGGCCAAGCACCCGGAGCUGCUUACAAGUCUCACGCAUAUAAAUCUAUUUAUGCAGACGCUCCUUCGCAGAACCAGCUCCCACAUCCAGAGCUUUCUCUUCCCGGCCUCUCUUUUGCAGAUCAAUCAAUCAGCAAUAUUGGUCUCGAUAACAUUUGCGAAUCUUUUGACUUCAACUCAUACAUGGCAGACACCAAUUGUACAGUGGGCAACGAUUCAGCUGUUGAAGCUACAGCUCCACAACAAAAUACCGAUACCGUCGAUGACUUCUUCACAUGGGCUGGCAUUACAAACCACAAUAUAGCCCCCUCGAACGAUAUUGAGAGAUUUGAUGCCGAUUUCUUCAACAUCGCUAACAUUGCUAACACGGAUAGCUCUGAAAUCGAUGCUAUGUUGGGUUAUGGUAAUUCCUCUUCUCCUCAGAGCAGUAACCAUAACUUUACGAUCUUCAAGGCCACUUCUUUUGAAUAUGGUCCUGCCGGUGUUCAAGUCUUGAAGGAUGCUGAAGCAAUCAUCUCUGCUCGUUCAUCUUUAUCUGGAACUAGCUCGACUGCUUUUGCUUCUUCGUUAAAUGCUUUAUCGCCUUCUCUAGCUGGUUCGAACGAUUCUUCUGUCACCAAAGCUUCUGUACCGGUGGUCAAGACUCUUUCUGGUGCUGUUGCUCAAGAAAUGGCUGCUGUCCCACUUUCCAUACAAGAGCUGGAGUCUGCCUAUAAAGCAUUGACACAAGAGCUCGCAUUACAAAAGGGAUUGCACCAAGCAGAUAUUAGACGUCGCAAGCUUGAGGAAGAGAAGACUACCCAACGCCGCGAGAAUGAAGCUCGGAUCAAGAAGAAGACCGAUGCUCGAUAUCAGAGAUUGAAGGAUCAGAGAAAGGCCAAUGAAAUUCUAACAAAGCAAUUGGCGGACCAGAAGAAGACGAACGAUGAUUUGAGAAAGCUACUGGCACAGGAAAAGACUUCGCGCGAGGAAGAUAAGGAACGCCACAGUGCUGAGUUCAAGGAACAGACUGAGCUUGUUACUAGAGCCAAUGCCACUAUUUCUCGACAAGUUUCGGAGAUCGAUAUGCAGAAGAAACAACUUCGUCAGAAGACCAGAGUAGUGGCUGCUACGACUACUAGAGAGGCCGAAGCCAUGCGAGCUCCCGUCAUGCAGAAGCCUACUAUCGACAGAAGAAAGCUUGUCACCGCCAAGAAACCAGUUGCUUCCAUCCAGGCACCCGAAAGACUUGUCUCAGCCUACGAUAAAGGUAGAAAGAUAACUCAACCAUCCAAUGUCGCUACCGCGAUCGAUUCGACUCGGGCUUCGAGCUCUAUAAAGCGAGCUGCUCCUGGUGCUUCGACUUCUUCUUCUACUAGGGAACAAGUCAUCAAGAAGGCACGAAUUACUGUUGCAGGCGAUGCACCAAGAAAGUUAGUUCCAGAUAGCAAAGGAGGAUAUCAUUGGAGUAAUAAGUUCGAUACUUCGGAUAAGUUGGUGGGCGAGGAAAAGAAGAAGGCAGAUGCGGAGCACGAUAAAGAGUGGUUGAAGAUUAUGAAUGAGCAUACGGAUAACAAGUUUCCUGGUAAUUCAUUGGGUAUUCGAGGUCAUCUUCCUGAUCCUAAGCGUUUCAAUGAUCACGGACGUUUCUAA